CUUAACAUAAUAGCUACCCGUCACCCCCGACGCAUUAUUCUCCCACCGAUCACAAACCAUCAUUGGGUUCGCUCUACGAACACGUCUCAAUGGCGUCUUCUUCGCCGCCUCCGAACCCCAACGGUUCACAAGGUGAUAAGAGUCCGCUUUCGUCACUAAACCUCAAUUUCCUCAAGUCCUUGAACGAUAAAAGAACCACUCGCGACGGCAACCCGCCUAAGCGACGAGGGCCUAAACCCGAUAGCAAGCCAGCAUUAACUCGACGCCAAGAAUUAAAUCGUCAAGCACAGAGAACACACCGAGAACGUAAAGAAUUGUACAUAAAGGCUCUCGAGGAUGAGGUGUUACGGUUGAAAGAGAUAUAUAGCAACGUCUCGCAAGACAAGGACAAGCUUGCCGAUGAGAACAGACAACUCAAAACGCUUUUACAACAAAACGGCCUCUCCCUCGGCUCGGGUGCUGGCAUAGACGAUGUUAGUAACAGCUUAAGCCCAGGGUAUACAUCAAGUGGCAGCAUUUCGGGUAGCUACGCACCUGGCAGCUCCAACACGGCGUACACGCCCCCCCUGACAUCGAUGCCAAGCCCCCCUUCUAUGUCUCUGUCAUCGCAAGGGGUGGGAGGUCAGCAUCAGGCUAGAAACCAGAACCAGGCGCAGCAGCGUGCACAGCCGAAUCAAAACCGCGUGGACUUUGAGCAGGCUGGAAUAGAUUUCGUGUUAACGCUCGAGAGACCAUGCAUGGAUCAUAUGCCGUGGCUGAUAGAGCGAGCGCAAGACACGGCGGGCGAGGCGUGCGGCCACGCCCUCAUGGCAUCAUGUCCCCCGGAACCGUUUCCCGAGCUGGACGAUGAGAUCCCCUUCGGACCCACACAACCUUUCCUCUGCGCGCACAACGCGAGCAAUAUUGGCAACAGCGAUAACGCCAAUAACGCAAACGGGGAUUUGCGACCCAACCAGCAGACAUGGGAGUUGUCCAAAGCCGAUCUCGCCACCUUGCUCAACUUGAGCAAGAGAUUGGAUCUAGACGGAGAAAUCACCCCGGUGAUGGCUUGGGGCAUGGUCCUGGCUCACCCGAGACUGGCAGAGCUGAAGAGGGAGGAUUUGGAGAGGCUGGUGGAUGAUCUCAAGGGCAAAGUCCGAUGCUACGGUUUCGGAGCUGUGAUGGAAGAGUUUGAGGUCCGGGAUGCCUUGAACGCAGUCUUUUCCGCGAAGCCUGAGAUAGCCAUUGCAUAUUAGGUUGACCGUUCGUUUACUCCGUGUUCAUGGAUACCUAAUAGGUACUUGGAUAUAUCUUUUGUAUGCGACGUUGGCGUUAAAGAGUAAGUGUUCAGGCACAUAGUAUGUAGGUAUUCAGCAUGGUGAUAAUGGAGAUGGGAGUAGCAGAUAGGCAGAGUUAGUAUCUAAGACGGGUGCAUGCAUAUAAAUGUAUUACAGUACAAACUUGGCAAGCGAGUUUUAAACUUUUAUUCUUUUAGUUCAAUAAUGUAGUUUAGUAGUUAUUAUUAAGCUCUUUUCAAAUGGCAGGAGAAAUCGACGAUAACAUCAAUUAUAGCACCUUGGAAGCUCUAAAUACAGUGCUACCACCUGUGACGUUGACAGUUUUCACACUGUACAUAGUACCUAGGUAACUAACUAGUUACUACUUAAAUCUGUCGAUUCGCGACUUGACUUU